AUGAAGGAUCGGACUCAGGAGCUGCGGAGUGCGAAAGACAGUGACGAUGAGGAGGAGGUGGUCCAUGUGGAUCGGGAUCACUUCAUGGAUGAGUUCUUUGAACAGGUGGAAGAGAUCCGGGGCUGCAUUGAGAAGCUGUCGGAGGAUGUGGAGCAAGUGAAGAAACAGCACAGCGCCAUCCUGGCCGCCCCCAACCCGGAUGAGAAGACCAAACAGGAGCUGGAGGACCUCACUGCAGACAUCAAGAAGACGGCCAACAAGGUUCGGUCCAAAUUGAAAGCGAUCGAGCAAAGCAUCGAGCAGGAGGAGGGGCUGAACCGUUCCUCCGCGGACCUGCGCAUCCGCAAGACUCAGCAUUCUACACUCUCCCGGAAGUUCGUGGAAGUAAUGACCGAAUAUAACGCGACCCAGUCCAAGUACCGGGACCGCUGCAAGGACAGGAUCCAGCGGCAGCUGGAGAUCACCGGAAGGACCACAACCAACGAAGAACUGGAAGACAUGCUGGAGAGCGGGAAGUUGGCCAUCUUCACUGACGAUAUCAAAAUGGACUCCCAGAUGACGAAGCAGGCGCUGAAUGAGAUCGAGACGAGGCACAACGAGAUCAUCAAACUGGAAACCAGCAUCCGCGAGCUGCACGACAUGUUUGUGGACAUGGCCAUGCUCGUGGAAAGCCAGGGCGAGAUGAUUGACCGAAUUGAAUACAACGUGGAACAUUCCGUGGACUAUGUGGAGCGAGCUGUGUCUGACACGAAGAAAGCCGUGAGAUAUCAGAGCAAGGCCCGGAGGCUCCCCUCCACGAUCACCUGUCUUCAGCUCCUCCAGCCAGGGACCCAGGUGCAGGUCAAAGAUCCGCAGCUCACGGAGCCGGGGUUCCUGCUGCAGCAGCAUUCGGACCACAUGCUCCCCCAGGAAGCCACAGCCACCUGUGACCAGGUAUACCAGCUUCUGGGCCUGUGCAGAGUCUGCCAUGUCCUGCUAGGGAGAGACCCUGGUUCACCUGAGUUGCCUGCGGUGUGCUACCUGCCCAGCACCAGCAGCCCACCCGAUGUUCCUUGAAGGGGCCUCCAGCCUAGUGGCCUGGAGCGGUGACCAGGGGCCACAACUGUUCCAGUGGGUGCAGCAGCCAGGCUACCUGCCCUCUGACCCUGCUAACUGGUUACUGAGAUGUGGUCAGGGCUUGCAGGAAGGACUCAGUGUUUGAGGUGGAG